UAUUCGUUUCAUUAUAGGUUAACUACCUGGGGAGACAAAAAAAAAAAGAGUUUGGAAGAAAAUGUUGGCUGCAGAGAAUAAGAAGAAAAAGCUCUCUGGCUUUUCUUCUGUUUGGUUAUCUUCUUGGUCACUUCCAUGCUGCAAAAGUGGCUUUUCUUCAAGCUCAACAGUAGAAAAGGAACCAACCAAUGAAAAGCUAAGCAAAAACUGUUCAGAAUCAGCUAAUAAGAAGCCUGGAGGAUGGAAGUCCAUGCCUUUUAUUUUAGGAAAUGAAACGUUUGAGAGGUUGGCAGCAUUUGGGUUAUUUGCAAACUUUAUGGUGUAUUUGACAAGAGAGUUUCAUUUGGACCAAGUUUAUGCUUCAAACAUUCUCAACAUAUGGUCUGGUAUUACCAACUUUUUCCCCUUGAUUGGUGCCUUCAUUUCUGAUGCCUAUGUGGGACGGUUCCGGACUAUAGCUGUUGCUUCCUUUUUUUCUCUACUGGGGAUGACCGUGGUGACUUUAACAGCUUGGUUACCAGAGUUGCACCCUCCAUCUUGUACUACACAGCAACGAAUAUUAAAUCAAUGUGUUAGAGCUAGCACAUCUCAUCUGGGUGCUUUGCUUAUGGGACUUAUCUCUUUAAGCAUAGGCUCUGCUGGUAUAAGGCCAUGUAGUAUACCAUUUGGUGUUGAUCAAUUUGAUCGCACUACAGAUGAAGGGAAUAAAGGGAUCAAGAGCUUCUUUAAUUGGUACUACACUACAUUUACUGUGGUGUUGUUGCUCACUCAAACACUGAUUGUCUAUAUCCAAGACUCUGUUAGCUGGAAGAUAGGUUUUGCUAUACCAACUGUAUGCAUGCUUUGUUCCAUCAUCAUGUUCUUCAUAGGAACAAAGGUUUACGUAUAUGUGAAGCCAGAAGGAAGCAUUUUUUCUGGUAUUGCACAAGUUCUAGUGGCUGCUUAUAGAAAGCGAAAACUUAAGCUUCCAAGUGAGAAGCAGGUAGAUGGGAUUUUUUAUGAUCCUCCAUUGUAUGGGACUGCUGUUUUGUCAAAACUACCUUUCACCAACCAAUUCGGGGUCUUGAAUAAAGCAGCUCUAGUAAUGGAAGGUGAGCUAAAUCCAGAUGGGAGCAGAGUAAAUCAGUGGAAACUUGCUAGCAUUCAGCAAGUAGAAGAGGUUAAAUGCUUAGCAAGAAUUUUUCCUAUCUGGGCUGCUGGUAUCAUUGGUCUCACUUCCAUGGCACAACAAGGAACAUUCACCAUAUCACAAGCACAGAAGAUGGAUAGACACCUUGGACCCAAAUUUCAAAUACCACCCGGUUCAAUUGGAAUUAUAUCAUUCAUCACCAUAGGUUUGUGGGUUCCAUUCUAUGACAGAGUGUUGGUACCAGCACUAAGAAGAAUAACUAAACAUGAAGGAGGUAUCACUCUCCUCCAGAGAAUUGGAAUUGGCAUGGUGUUCUCUAUUUUGUCCAUGGUUGCAGCUGCCAUGGUUGAAAAAGUGAGAAGAGAUUCAGCAAAUACGAAUCCAAACCCAGAGGGCAUUGCUCCCAUGUCAAUACUGUGGCUAGCCCCUCAAUUAAUCCUGAUGGGUCUUUGCGAGGCAUUUAAUAUAAUUGGACAAAUUGAGUUCUUCAAUGUGCAAUUUCCUGAGCAUAUGAGAAGCGUUGCUAAUGCCUUGUUCUCAUGUUCUUUUGCUGGGGCUAGCUAUGUUAGCACCAUACUAGUCACCAUAGUUCAUCAUACAACUAGAACACAUAGCCAUCCAGAUUGGUUGACAAAUGAUAUAAAUGCUGGCAGGCUAGAUUACUUUUACUACCUCAUAGCAGGGAUGGGAGUUCUGAACUUGAUUUAUUUUCUAUAUGUUGCUCAAAGAUAUCAUUAUAAGGGAAGUAUAGACCUCCAAGAUAGAGCUCAAGAUGUGGAGGUGGAGUUAGGUUCCAAAGGUGAAUUAUAGAUUACUAUUCUGCUAGGUUCCAAAGGUAAAUUAUAGAUUACUAUUCUGCUAGGUUCGAAGACUCUAAAUAAAUAGGGGGGAGGAAAGAGAGAGAGAGAGAGAGAUGCCUAUCUUUUCUUUGUAAUUUCGGCCACGUAAUAAAGGUUCAACCGUUCGGUUUUCUAGUCUAUUACAAAUUAAUAUCAUCUCGGGUUACUUUAAUU